AUGGCUAUAGUUGCACAUUGGAAUGAGUGGUAUCAAAUUGAGGUUCGUGAUUGGCAAUUUCUUGAACUAGGCGAAGCUAAAACAACUAUUGAUUCGCAUCAUGCUGCAAUUUCCCAUUCAAUCAAACGAUAUAUUCGGAUUGGAUAUGAUAUUCGUGAUGGAGAGAAUAUAGUGGAAGCAGCUAAAUAUUUAGCUGGUACAUCACUGGCAAAUUUAGAACCAAAUCGAAGUCAAUUUGAACCUGAAGAUAAAAAAAUAUAUAAUAUUAGCAAAAAAGAACAAAAUUCAAAGCCCAAUGUCAAAACUAUAAAAGUUAUUUCAAAUUUGUUUUACUGGAAAUGGCCAAUUUCUGGCGAAAUGACAGGUUAUGUAUGUGCCCAAUCACUUCCACAUUUUGGUCCAUGGAAUAAUUUUUCUCCUGCUGCAAUUGCCAAACUAUGCACCAAACCAAUUAUUCGUCCCCAUCCAAAGAUUUCUGAACAAACUGAACCUGAAUUAACUUGGACAAUUCCUCUGUUAGAUACAACUAGCAUACCAGAAUUCAUGGAUAAUAAUAAUAAUGGUGAUGGUGAAUUAGAAGAUGUAAGUUCUGUUGACAUGAAUUUUCAAUUUCCUAUGGGAUGGGCACUAAAAAGCAAUCAAAAAGUAGGGGGAAAAGGAAAGGGAAAAAGAAUGACAAAGCAGGUAAAGGAGUUGUUGAAAAGUUUUUUUUUGAAUGGAAAUCUUAAUCAAAAGGAUAAGAUGUCAGCAAAAGAUAUGUAUAAUGAACUGCUGACAUUUGUUGAAUCUGGUGAAUUGAAAGCUGAAAACAUCCCUAAGAUAAAAAAAAUACAAAAUUGGAUCUCAGCUUAUGCACGAACGUUCAAGGAAAAAGCUACAGAAAAUAUGCUUGAAAUAGCCGAAAAUAUAUGGUCAGAAUCUUACGUUCUUCCAUAG